CUCUACUUACUUGUAUAAAAUUAGUGAAAUUUGGAAAAGUUUAACUUAACACAGAAGUGCAUAGCUCACUUGUAUUUUUGCCAAAGUUUAUGAUUUUGCGGGUCUCGAGCAGGUACUUACUGCGCCUUGUCUUUAUUGUUUUCUUGUAGAGUAAUUUCCCUAACUCUCUUCCGUGAGACUGAGACAUCUCAUUCUCACCGUUCCUCUUCUCCCCUUUUCCUUUGUCCACCGCUUGUCUCCAAAUUUGUGAAUCUGGUUUUCUCCGCUCCUAGGAAUCUAGAAAUCUGGUUGUAUCCACUCGUCCCAGUAAUCCACCGAAAUCUGGUCGCCCAUGGUCUCUGUCGCCCGCAAAUUGAGGUAUUAUGGCUGAGGUCUGGGCUGAAGAGGGUGAGGAACCUUCGAUCUAAUUAGGAGAGCCAGGUUUGAAGCGCGGGUCGCCGGCCGCCUACUUUGAGAACACAUAGGUCGUCGUGCCUAUUGCUGCUCUAAAUCUUUGAGGACGCUGCCAUGAAUUGCUCUAUACCAAUGAUUAAUCUCUGAUGAGUCUACACCAACAGCGCCUUGAGAUUCCAUUUAGGAGGGACAAUCACAAAACACAUGAGGCACGUUGGCAGAUUGCCAAGGGGCAUUAUUGCUCUUCUCUAGAAGCUGCAGCUUGUCAAAUCACUUAUGCACAUUUUUUGGUCUAGCUGAUUCGUAUGGCACUACUUUCCGGUAAAGAACUGUAGUGCACUUGGCUACAAAAAGGAGCUAGGAGAGAGUAGCGAUGACAUAGUUAUUCGUCACUUAGACAAACACUGUUUUGACGCUUCAGUCUCAUCUCUUGAUUUCCAAUGAGAAGGUUUCGGGGCUACAAUCGAGCAGAUGUGGCCGCAAAACUGAACGUGAGCAUUAGAUCCCAGGAAAGUCCAGGGCGUACAAUUUCAGAUUGCUUGUACUUGUUGUCAUUUGGAGCACAGACUUCAUUAUCGUGCAGCAAACGGCCGCUGGGAUCGUCCGGUUGCCAAUCGCCGGGAUCAUCUGGCCGAAUACUUGGUCGACCUGAUCUGCUUGAUCCAUGGAUUUAGCGGAGUCAGACGGUUGCUGGGAUCUUGUCAAGCAGCAGAUGUUCGCCGAGAUCGUCCGGCCGCCAAUCGCCGAGAUCGUCUGGCCGACUGAUGGUCGCCGGGAUCGUCGGGAUGCCAAUCAAUUGGAUCGUCUGCUUGGUCGAUGUGAUCUGCUUGAUGCAUGGAUUGUGCACUUCUAGAUCAGGACACGGGGGGCAAAGCUGGGCGUGAGGAUUCUACAAUACAUGAGAGGAGCAGAUGGAACUUAGAGAGGCGGCGUCUUGAGACUUGAUAUUCCUUUAGGGUACGUAUCAUUGUUUUUUGUAGAAGAAGAAGAUGAGCACACACCAAUGAUUGAUUGUUGAAGAGGUGCGUGGAAAAUUAAGUCAUGGCACAGAUCACCAUGGAGGGACAGUGGGAGCAAGAAAAGAACGAUGAUGUGAACACUGGGUUUGACGUCGGCAUCGGAAGCCAUGGUGAGUACAGCCUGAUGUUGCAAGAUCUUAGAGUUGAUCUGGAUGGCCUGCUUGGACUUGGGAAGAACACCAACAUGUGCAAAAAUGGUGAUGCUAGCACAACAACUGCUGAGCAAGACAAUAGCAAUGACAGCGCGAGGAGAGCAGACUGGAGUGGAAGGUGUCACAACCGAGACCAAGUGCAUCAGCUCGAAAUUGUGUUCCGGGAAAACCAACAUCCUGAUGAAAAAGAGCGCGCGGACCUUUCAAGGAGGCUUGGCAUAACUGGAAAGCAGGUCAAGUUCUGGUUCCAGAACCGACGAUACUCCCAAAAGACCCAGGGACGGAAGGAGACAAAUGAGCUUAGAGAAGAGAAUGAGUCGCUAAAAGCUGAACACCUAACCCUCAUGUCCGCAAUAGACGAUAGUAGGUGCCUCACAUGCAGUGGGCGGAUGAUGCAUCGUACAUCUUUUGGUGGGCCAGUGACAGUUAAUGGACUAUGUCAGUCUGUACCGCCGGUCCAGAAUUUGCAUCAAGCCAACUGA